CAGACCUGCUGCUUCAGCCCAACAUCUCUGUGUCCUCCUCCAUGGUCGGGGUCUCUGAGGAGGACCAGCAGGAGGUGUUCCAGGUGUUCUGGGGCUCCACCUUCACCAUCAGCUGCUCCAUCCAGCCACAGUACCCAGGAGGCUCCUUCCAGCUCACCUUCACCUCCUCCAACUCAGCACACAACUACACCCAGCCAGCUGUCAAUCACUCUGCCCACUUCCUGUUUCCUGCUGCAGAGGCCGCCCACCAAGGAAGCUACAGCUGUGUUUAUCACCUCUAUGUUUUCUCUCAUAACUUCUCCUCUGAGAGCCCUGUGCUCUCUCUCAGCGUCAUGGACCUGCUGCUUCAGCCCAACAUCUCUGUGUCCUCCUCCAUGGUCGGGGUCUCUGAGGAGGACCAGCAGGAGGUGUUCCAGGUGUUCUGGGGCUCCACCUUCACCAUCAGCUGCUCCAUCCAGCCACAGUACCCAGGAGGCUCCUUCCAGCUCACCUUCACCUCCUCCAACUCAGCACACAACUACACCCAGCCAGCUGUCAAUCACUCUGCCCACUUCCUGUUUCCUGCUGCAGAGGCCGCCCACCAAGGAAGCUACAGCUGUGUUUAUCACCUCUAUGUUUUCUCUCAUAACUUCUCCUCUGAGAGCCCUGUGCUCUCUCUCAGCGUCAUGGGUAAGCUGACUGUUUACAGGAUUGGAGAAGAUGAUUGGUCCAAACUGAGUGAAAAUGAUCAGCUGACAACAUGUUUCUGGACUGACUCUGUAAUGACAGUCAUCAUGUUACAUGUGUCAGAUAGUAACCAAACUCAUACAAAGUGUAAAAAUGGUAACAGCUAA